UGCUUAACUACAGAUUGACCCAUCUUUAUUAUACUUUUGAAAAGUCCUCAGUUCUCAUUUUAAUUCGUUUUCAGUUCAUUCACUUGUGAAUUUUACCUGUUUUCGUGAACUUUUGACCUUACUUGGUUCAUCAAUUAAUUAAUUAAGUUCUAGGAGUAGUGAUGCAGCGGAAUCUCACUGUAUUGGAAUAUUAUUGAAUUAGCAUUUCAGUACUUUACACACUCUAUCACACAGGAAUCCGAUUUGCCCUCAAGCUAAUCGCAGAUUGGUUUUAUUUACGUGGUAUGACUCGUCUUCUUAAAGCCAUGCGACUAAUUUGCAUAACAAGAGCUCUAUCUGUUAUAGUAACUCUAGUACACGAAGGACUCAUAUAUAUGCAAAUACGUCUACGGAAGAAAUGUAGUCUAAGGGUAGCCUGUGUUAAUCCUUGCUACAUAUAUCUCCAUGAAGUUCAAGUUCCCCUGAAAGUGCUGGCUGAGGGAUCCAAUAUUAUGUGGUCUAGUAAAGAUUUCCACCUGCUGACUACUCAUUUUAAGAAUCUGAAUUUCAUCCGUAUCCUGUUCAGUCGCCGUUGUAUAAACUUUAUUUGGUGAUUUAUCAGGGGUUAGGAAGACCGACAUCCAACUCACAACUUUAAAGUUGAACUUAAUUAAGUUCAUAUAAGUUCACUACUACUUCUAAGAUAUGGUAAUGAGGAGAGUUUCAGUCUUUUCAUUUUCCUCUCACAAAGAAGAUGUGAGUUUCUUCCGACUACCCUGUUGUCAACCUUGAAUUGUGUCUCUUUCUUGAAAGAAUUACUAGUAGCAUGUUUAUAGUAAUCAAGAUAAAGUUCAUGUGUUAGAUCAAUUGCUUUAAACACUCUUGUGUAUGUAUUUAGGAGCCCAAUGAAACAGUGCGUUUAGAAAACUGUGGCUUAGUCAUAUAAUUGUGAGCGGCUAAUUUUAACUUGUGAGUGACAGUGAGUCCCCAAACUUUUUGUUCCUUAAUGUUAGGCACUUUUUCUCUACCCUGGAGGCACAUCUGUGACCUAAAUGCGUUACUGCACUUUUUCCUGAAUUAACUUUUUAACCUCAACGACUAGACCUCUAUGAGAAUUUAUUCAUUUUGUAAUGCUAACCUUUUGGCAUUGCUGUCUAUAUACCACAUCUUUACAUUGUCACAAAAUUAUAGAGAAAACGAUGUUAGGAUCUCAAGCAAACUGUUGAUAUAUGUUAAGAACAGCAACGAAUCUAGAAUGGUUUGCUCACUUGCAUGGGCCAUUUUAUCUGAUGGCCUAUAGAAAUGUUUAUUACUGAGACUUCUGCCAAAACGCUUACGCUUAUUUUUGUUGUAUGAUAGACUGGAAAUAUUCAACGCUCAUUUUCUAUUACAAGAGAUAACUGGCAACAAUUCGAAUGCUUUUCGGUAAUUGCUUUAAUUCCUUUGGAGUUUUUAUUUAGAGCCAAAACGUUAUGAAUUUGCCUAACAUAGUGCCUGGGCACUGAUAUAUUUAAGAUAGAUUUUGGACUCACUCACCAUUCCUUAAAGUACAUUUUUCCAUUGUCUGUCUACGAUAGAAAACUUUUAAUGUUACAGAAGUUGAUAAAACUUCGAGUAUUUUAUCUUUCAAUAGCUGAACCGUUGUGUUUAAAGCAAAACAGCGUCAGAAAACUGUCUAAUUUAAAAUUAAUCUGUUGAACAAGGAAAUACUAGAAAAAAAUCAUGUAACUAUAAUUAAUGUGAAAUGACUAUUUCGCACUUGUACAUGAAUGUGACACUAAGGAUCAGCCCUAUACGUCCGUUGUUCAGGUGGUAAUACUAAAGUGCUACAAUUAUUUUUCUCUCGGUCUUUCUAUUUGGGAAAAAUCUGCCCCAAACAAAGUAUCAAACUCCACAACACACGAAUAAAUACUUUGGGAAGGAGUUCUCAGUAAACAUGACCUACACAACAUAAUGAGACAAAAUAUGUAAAAGCAUUAAUCUCUCUUCUCAGAGAAACUAGUAACCUCAAGCCUUGCUUCACAACGUUUAUUGAAAAAUUUUAAGUACAGCUUCUGCAAUUUUGAAAUCCAUUCGUAAAUAAAUUCUUAUGAAAACUAAUAAUAGUGUCCGAUAAUAUAUUUAUAUAUGAAUAUCAGGCGAAUGAUUAUAGUCGUCGAUUUCAACAUUAUGUUAAAUGUAUCCAUAAGUAUGUCUGAUAAUCUUACGAUAAACUUUCAGUGAACUACUUACAGGAGUACCCUUGAAGGUCUUAUGAGUUGGUAAUGUCUUGUAUGCCACGAGGGUCUAUGCGUGUGAUGAACAUUCUAGGUAAGCAGGAAAAUGCUGUUAUCACUAAUGGUUUCAGAAAUCUUCGGAAUACUAGAUUUACUGUUCUCAUUCGCAUAAAAAACACUCUGAGUGUCUUGUUCAUUGUUCAAAGCAUACUAAUGCUUAUAAACAUAAGCAGUGCUUGGCUGUGAAAGCUUAUUUACAUAAAGACCCUCAUAAUCAAAUAAAUAAUCAGAUAUCAAAAAGAGCUGAUGAAAAAGGUAAAUAUUUAGCCCUUAAUACUAAUCUCAGUAGAGUUAUCCAUAACUAUUCUAGUUUGUAGUUAUUCUAAAGCAGGUACAACUUGAAUGGGAAAACAUUUAUGCAAAUGGAAAGACGAUUACUCUUCACAUAGAUGUUUAUUAGUACCCAUUGCCAUACUAAGAUAAGUUACAUAAAAGAAGGCAGUAGUAAUCGAAAGAUAAUCUGAUAAACAAAGAUAUUCAGAAGAAGGGAUAAGAUAACGAAUGUUAAUAACGUUCAUUCUUAUCACCUAGUUUUCAGCCAUCUAUUCUUAUCACCGAUUUCACAUAACAUUGCUCUUCGAGGAAGUCAGAAUGCGUAACACACGGCUUAGAUAGUUAAACCGACGCAGUCUGAUAAUAUCAUCGUUCGAAGCUCCUUCGUUUCCCAAGACACUAUACACAACCUCAUUAUUAUUCAACAGAUUUUUCCAAAUGACAUGGUCAACUGUGUGGAGAUACCUGUGAGCGAAAUCUGUUUGUCCCUUUGCAUGGUGUAGCAUCAGAGGUCGUAUCUCACUAAGUAACUUAAGACAGAACGAACUAAUAUACAGUAUAUGCACCGUUUGGUUGACAGUCAGAUACUAUGCCUACACCCAAUAUGGCGGAGCCGGUAAAUGCCACUUCAUCCGUAUCUCUGCUGAGAUUCGCUGGCUGAAGUAGCUAGUAUGCAUUCAAUCGCUUCGCUCUAUAUCCCCAAAUUACUAGGAGAUCAGUAUCAAGAUGCUAACUUACAAUACCAAAGUUUAAAAUGUGAAUCUGAACUCUAAUACCUUGAACAAAAUAUGUUCAAAAGAAAUUGUGUUUUCCCUGUUACGUAAAUUAAAAGACUUUAAACAGAAUUUUAUGGGUUAUAUUCACAAACUGUAAUUUGCAUCAUAUGAUUUCUUCCUUUAUUUCCUGGAAGUAGAUUUUCUGUUCAACUCUACUGAAUAUGAGUGCCAUUCGACCAGGUACUGCAUCACGUUUGAAGACAGCUCAGACACAUGGUCAACUUGGUACAUCAUCUGGUUUAACGACUGGUUUAAGGUCAGGCACACGAAGUGGUGCUUUCGGUGCAGCAAGUUUAAAUACAAUGGUUUGUGUUGAAGACAGACCAAUUACGCAACAAGGUUUAGGAGGAUUGAAAAAUGCAAUUCGUGGGCCAAAACGUCAAAUAGAAGAUAAAUCUUACUUUCUUGGAUUGUUGAGAGGAAAAAUCAAUGAAGUGAACACUGAGAUUGGGACAAUUACUCGUCAAUUAAUGGAAACUGAACAAGAAAAUGCUAGUUUUGUGCAAUAUGAACAAAUAGCUGAAAAGUUAGCUUAUGAAAUUAAAGAAUUACAGGGAGAAUUAGGUGAUUAUAAUACUCUUAUUGAUAAAGCAACACUUAGUGAUAACAUUACAAGCAUAGAAAUGGAUUGGGAAGAAGUACGUGUUGCAAAUGAACGUGCUGAACGAAAUUUAGAAACGCUAUUUGAAGAUCGUCAGAGAAGAGAACUAGUGUUAAAAUCAAAUGAAUUAGAAUUAAAACAAGAACAACAAAUGUCUGAAGCAGUAAUACAAGAAAUGGAUGAUAAUGAACGUGAAAGAUAUUUGAAAUUAAAAGAUAUAAAUGCGCAUUUAUUAAAUCAAUUAAGUGAAGGUCAAAUUGAACUGGAACGAUUAAAUACAAGAAAAACUGAACUUGAAGAAGAGUUGGUUACAUCACCGAUAAAACAAGAAGCAAUGCAUCUUUUUACACAACUUCGGGAAGUUGAAAGUAGACGAGAUCAAUUAUUAGCUGAGGAAGUGUCUAAAGAAGAUCCACAGAAAGAACGCCAGCGUUUAUUACAACAAGUUCGAAGUGAUAAUCAAGAAAUUGCAGCAAUCGACAAACAAAUACAUGAAAUCCAAGAGAAGAUGACGAAUAAAGAAGAAGAACUAAGAUUAUUAGAACAAGAAUUAGAUGAAAGUCGUAAUGAAAGAAAUCAAAAAUAUCGUGAACUAAGAAAACGUGAACAUCAAAUCGAUGAAUUUUUAAAAACGUUUGAUAGUGUAAAGUCUUUAGAAAUAUCUGGAAUUAGUGAAUUAGAGUCAACUAUUGUUGAAAUCUUAGAAACAACAUCACGUUAUAUUACUAAUUUAAAUCAAAUGACAUCAAAUUUGAAUAUGAAUAGUAAUUUAGACUUAUUGUCAUCAUCAUCAGCAACAGGAGCGGGAGCAACAACAGUGAAUUCUUUGCGUGAACAACUCGAUUUUAAAACAAAUGAAAUUUUUAAAUCUGAAGAGACUGUAAACAGUUUGGCAAAAGAAAGAUUACGCUUAAAUCAAGACUUGUUGAAAGUUGAUCAUUUAGAGGGAAAAAUAACCCAAGAAACGGAAACUCUCAGAAAACGUAUUGCUAAAAUGGAGGAAGAGGUUAUCAUUUUCAGUGAUUUAGAUAAAGUUCGUGAAGAAGCUAAUUUCAAAAGACAAACCUUGAAUGCAGAGAAAUCCCGCUUAAAUGUUUAUCGUGAUAAUUUAAACAAAUUAAAUCAGCAAUUAGCUACAGAAUAUUCAAAUUUACAAACAAAUUUAACUGAACAGGAUACACAUAUGCAUUUAACAAAUUUAGAACGUCGUUGGGCCCAACAUGAACAAAUUAAUUAUAGUUUAAGUGAAUUUAUAGCAAAUAAACGUCUAGAAACAGAUCACACACAAUUAGCUAAACGUGCAAUGCAGCUGGUUAAAGAUUAUAAUGAAAAUUUAAAAACUUCUCUUGCGUCUAAACCUGUGAUUACAUAAUCAUCUUUCGGUGUGUGUUUAUGGGAAUAGCAGUAAUUAUAUCGUAUGCAUGCAGGUAUUGUUUGUCAUUCUCUGACACUGUUUUAUGUUGUAUAAACACGGGUAUAUACUUGUAGUCAGUUAUUCUCGGAUUGGUUCAAAGGUGUUGUCACUGGCAAGAUUAGUCGCCGUAUCUGUUUAUGAAAACGAAGAUAUUAUACUUUAAGUGUGCGUCGGUGGCACAUCGGUAGAAUGCUCACCAACCACGCCGGGAUUUAAUCUCCGGCCGACGCACUCUUUUACCUCGCCAAGCCAGUAGCAAGACUGGUAAAGAGGGAAGGUUGGGCAUGAGGUUAGCAACCCCAUCCCGUAAAAAUAAACACCACUGCUACCGAAACUUCAAACCUCUAGCGUGAAGCCCUAUGUUCUACUGGGAAUGUAAAGGAAUAAAAAAAUACUCUCAGUUAUCACUUGGUAAUGUUUAAAACUGAUUGCUCUCUCUGAGCUGAGUAUACACCUCUGAUGAGCUCAGUCACGGCCGUCCAGUGGUUAGAUUACUUCGAUCUAGCCAGCAAACGCUACUGAUUGAUGUGAUUAGUAUCCAAUUACUUAUAUUGCAUAAAUAUAUUGUAUACUGUUGUGAACAACCUCCCUGUAGAAAAUCUACUCAAAACGAAAAAUAUGUUAAAUGCGUGUAUGUGUUUGUGUGCCUUUUUAAUCAUCACCUAGUAAGGUUUUGUCUACCAUAAUUAUGUAAUAUAAUCAUCAUUACAUGCAAUCACUUAUUUCGCUAGUGUGUCGGUGGCAUAGCGGUUAGGACGCUCGCCGACUAUGCACAUGGUCCGGGGUUCGAUCCCCGGCCGACGCACUCCUUUACCACGCUAAUCCAGAAAUAAUGCUGGUAAAGAGGAAAGGUUGGGCAUGAGGCUAGCAACCUCAUCCUGUAAAAUAAACACUGCUACAGAAACUUCAAGCCACUAGCUUGAAACCCUAUGUUCCACUGGGGAACAUGAAGGGAAA